ACAAAUCGUCACUUCGUGGAUGCUCACUUGCUUUAUGGAGGCAGCCAGGAGAGCCUCAACCACGUGAGAGCCUGUAUCCGCCAUCUGCCAAACCACUGUGUGAAGGAUGAGAAGGGCCAGCCCGUGUCCUGGAUGCCAUCUGACGAGCUGUGUGAGCUGAGAAUGGCUUACACCCUACCAGAGUAUAGACGGGCCGGUCACCUCCUGGCUCUGGCUCUGAUCCGCAGGAUGAGCUCCGUGGGUCUGCCUGUCUCCUGUCAUGUCAACCAGCAGAACCAGGCCACCAUUAACGCUGUGACCUCACUCUGGUUCACUACUUGUCCCAGUAUGGAGAACAUCUCAGUCCUGCUGCAAGGACAGAGUCUGAGUAAGCCAAACUAAUGACAAUAAAGUCUGUUGGAUGAUUGAAACCACACUGGAAAAGUGAUGUUUUAUUGUAAAAGUGGAAAAUGUAACAAUGUCUCUCCUUGUUCUAUGAUUCUGGUUUCCCUACAGUACUCAGGAGAUGCUGUGCUUUAGACAGUUUAGUCCAUUUCUGACAGCAAACUGCAAGUAGAACAAACUCAAAAAUAACAUUUUCUGUGGCUUAAGGGUGAAUUUGAUGAAUAUGCCAGCCAUGCUGCUCCAUUUUAUUCACUUUAAAAAAAAAAAGGUAUACAAAUAUCCCUCAUAUGAAAUUAUUCUGUAAGGACAAUACAAAUCAGUCUUCAGUUUGAUCCUCUGGCGUGUGCUGAGGAAAAGACCCCGUAAUCUGCAGAUCACCCGAGGAGGCUCUCAUCCACCUGGGUCCCCUCCCCGGAGGUGUGCUGUUCCACUGCUGAUUGCCUCUCUAUGUUUUAGCAGCAAUGCACCAUUCAAGUCUGCAGGCAACUUGACAAAUGAGCAGCGAUCUGAGCCGAGGGGAUGCUCGUGCUGCACCACACAUCCUGUCCCAUCCACAUCCCCCUGUCCCGCAGUGGUGCACCUCUCUUCACUGACGUCCUUCGCUUACU